UUUCAUAUCCGGUCUUAACAGACCAUUAUGUGAUAUCUUGUUUUCAUCUAGACCGAAAGACAUGCCAACAGCGCUAGCUCUAGCACAGGAAUUGGAGUCAAAUCAGGCUCGAUCCAUAUUCGCCUCAAAAUUUGCUGAUAGUAAAAAUUCAGAUAAUCGUGUGAACAGACCAACAAAUAUCAGGUCCUAUCCUACUCCCAAUAGCCCUCAUUUUAGCAGAUUAACAAGUGAUCAGGCUCAACAAAAAGUUACUCCUAUGGAGAUUGAUCCCAGCCUUUCUAAGCUCAGGCAUCCUACCCAACAAGCAUUGCCCUUCUCUCGUAAUCGCCCGACCUACCCUUCAGGCAGGACUCCAUUUGGGAAUCCGCUCCCAACCAGUGCCACUGCCACGAAUGCAAAGAGACCACACGGUAGCGACCAAUUUAAUUACAAUAAGUUACAACGAAUCAAUAUCCUAAACCAAUGCGCGAAUGAUGACGUUGAAGGAGCCUACACAGAUUCUGAUGCUUAUGACGAAAAGGUGUCAGACGAGGGAGUUUACAAUCGUGAUGACGUGGUACCGGAGGUACCAAGCGAUGAAAUAAAUUUUUUAGAGUAACGUCCCUGCUACCAUACGUUAGCAGGAAGUUCAAAGGAAAACCAGUAAAAUUUUUAAUCGACACUGGUGCCUCUAAAAACUAUGUAAGAGAUUGUGAUUGGCAGGGUGUAAAAGCGUUAACUUCUCCCUUCUUAGUGAAAUCUAUUGAUGGCACCAAUCGCGUUACGCGGAAGUGCACUAUUAAUAUUUUUAACACCAAUUCUGAGUUUUUCCUCCUAUCCACACUUGAAACAUUCGACGGUAUAAUCGGUUAUGACCUUUUACGCAAAAUCGGUGCUAACCUUGACGUUAAGAAAGGCGUC